AUGCAGUCUACUUCAGCUAGUAUCAUAGUCGGAUCUCAAGUCUGGGUGGAGGAUCAUGAUGUAGCUUGGAUAGAUGGCGACGUUAUGGAAAUUAAUGACAAAGAAAUAAAAGUAAAAUGCUCAACAGGAAAAGAAGUUGUUACUAAUAUUUCCCGCGUGUAUCCUAAAGAUCCUGAGUUCCCUGGAUGUGGAGUGGAUGAUAUGACAAAAUUAGCUUAUUUGCAUGAACCCGGGGUUCUACAUAAUUUGAAAAUUCGAUUUGACAUGGAUGAAAUCUAUACUUACACAGGAAAUAUUUUGAUUGCGGUGAACCCUUUCAAACGAAUCCCAAAUAUAUAUGACAAAAGUUUGAUGGAUAAAUACAAUGGGGUGGCUCUUGGGGAGUUAAAUCCACAUCCUUAUGCUAUCGCAGACUCUGCAUACAGGCAGAUGGUUAAUGAGAGAACAAGCCAGUCAAUUCUGGUUAGUGGAGAAAGUGGAGCUGGUAAAACUGAAAGCACAAAAAAUCUUAUGCAGUAUCUUGCUUAUAUGGGAGGCCGCCCUGGAGCUGAAGAACGGAGUGUAGAGCAGCAAGUACUAGAAUCUAAUCCAGUAUUAGAAGCCUUUGGUAAUGCGAAGACAGUUAGGAAUAACAAUUCAAGUCGUUUUGGUAAGUUUGUUGAGAUCCAAUUCAACGAUCAGGCAAGGAUCUCUGGAGCUGCUAUAAGAACUUAUCUGUUAGAAAGAUCACGUGUUUGUCAAGUUUCCGAUCCUGAGAGAAGUUAUCAUUGCUUUUACAUGCUCUGUGCUGCACCACCUGAGGUAUCUGAAAAGUAUAAAUUGGGGGACCCGAGGACAUUUCAUUACCUUAAUCAGUCAAAAUGUUAUCAACUGACAGGAGUGGAUGAGGCUAAAGAGUUCCUUGCAACGAAACAGGCAAUGGAGGUUGUUGGGAUUAAUUCUGAUGAACAGGAAGCCAUUUUCCGUGUUGUGGCUGCAAUUCUCCACUUGGGAAAUAUUGAGUUCAAUAGGGGAAAUGAGCCAGAUUCGUCUCAACCUAAAGAUGAUAAAUCUAGAUCUCAUCUGAAAACUGCAGCUGAGCUUUUCAUGUGUGAUGAGACAGCUCUGCAAGAAUCUUUCUGCAAGCGUGUGAUGGUAACUCGUGGUGAGAGCAUUAAAAAGUCCCUUGAUCCAAAUUCUGCAGCUAUCAGUAGAGAUGCGCUGGCUAAAAUUGUUUAUUCAAGAUUAUUCGAUUGGAUUGUGAACAGGAUUAAUAAUUCUAUUGGUCAAGAUGAAAAGUCGAAAUUCUUGAUUGGGGUUCUGGAUAUCUAUGGAUUUGAGAGUUUCAAGACGAACAGUUUUGAGCAAUUCUGCAUCAACCUGACUAACGAGAAACUCCAACAACACUUUAAUCAGCAUGUUUUCAAGAUGGAACAAGAAGAGUAUUCCAAGGAGGAAAUCAAGUGGAGUUAUAUAGAGUUCGUGGAUAAUCAAGAUAUUCUUGAUCUCAUUGAAAAGAAACCUGGGGGAGUCCUUGCUCUCUUGGAUGAAGCUUGCAUGUUUCCAAGAUCAACUCACGCCACCUUUGCUGAAAAGCUUUAUCAGACGUUCAAAGAUCACAAACGCUUUAGCAAACCAAAGCUAUCAAAGACAGACUUCACCAUCUGCCACUAUGCUGGUGAUGUCACAUAUCAAAGCGACCAUUUCUUGGAUAAGAACAAGGACUACGUGGUUGCGGAGCACCAGUCUCUUAUGAAUGCUUCUAGGUGUUCCUUCGUAUCAAGCUUAUUCCCGCCUUCAUCGCAAGAUUCAUCUAAAGCUUCAAAGUUCAUAUCAAUAGGUUCCCAGUUCAAACAACAAUUACAAGCAUUGCUUGAGACACUCAGUCACACUGAGCCGCAUUACGUUCGAUGUGUCAAACCGAAUAAUCUUCUAAAGCCUGCUAUAUUUGAGAAUCAGAAUAUAUUGCAACAACUUCGAUGUGGGGGAGUUAUGGAGGCAAUCAGAAUCAGUUGUGCAGGCUUUCCUACUCGUAAACCUUUCAAUGAAUUCAUAUCCCGCUUCAAAGUUCUGUCACCUAGUGUUAUAAAUAUAAGUGAUGAGGUCGAGGGUUCAAAGAUAUUGUUAGAGAAGGCGAAACUUCAAGGUUAUCAGAUUGGUAAAACAAAAGUGUUUCUCAGAGCAGGUCAGAUGGCAGAGAUAGAUGCUCAGAGAAGUGAGGUUUUAGGAAGAUCUGCUACCAAAAUCCAAACAAAGUUUCGUUCAUAUUCCGCAUGCAAGAAGUUUAUCUUGUUACGAUCUUCAGCAAUACCAAUACAAAUUAUAUGUAGAGGGGAAGUUGCACGCCUUUGCUAUGAGCGUCGAAGGAGAGAAAGGGCAUGUUUGAAGAUCCAGAGAAAUGCCCGUAUGCAUCGUGAGAGGAAUACUUACAGAUUGUUGAGCUCUUCCAUUAUUUCUAUACAAAAGGGAAUGCGUGGCAUGGCUGCUCGCAAAGCAUAUAAUUAUAAACGACAAACAAAAGCUGCAAUCGGUAUCCAGAGUCGAUGCCGACGACAUUUGGCUUUGCGUCGUUAUUUGAAAAUGAAGAAAGUAGCAAUCUAUGCUCAGUCUGUCGUUAAGAAAGACUUGGCACGUAUAGAACUAGGGAGGCUUAAAAAGGCUGCGAGGGACACUAGCUCUCUCCAAGAUGCCAAAUCUAAAUUGGAAAAGGAAGCCAAACAACUAGCCAUGCAAUUGCAGGAAGAGGAACGCAUGAGAGCUGAGAUGGAGGAAACUAAAAGUAAGGAAAAUGCAAAAUUGCAAUCAGCUAUAGAAGAGAUGGAAGUUCAAUUUGAAGAAACUAAAGAACUGCUGGAGGCUGCAAAGAAAGAAAUGGAGCAAGUUGUGGUUGCUGGUAAUGAGAAAAUAGAGACGCUUACUAUUGACAAUGAGAAACUCAAGGACGUGCUUAAUUCACUCGAACAGGAAAUUGGUGAAACACAAAACAAAUAUGAAGAGACAAGUAAAUUGAGUGAAGAAAGGUUGAAACAGGCUAUGGAUGGAGAAUUGAGGAUAAUUGACUUAAAGCUUGAAAUGCAAAGUCUUCAAGAAAAAAUUGCUGACAUGGAAGCUGAGGACCAGAUUCUAAGACAAAAGGAACGACAGAGUAGUUCGCCCUCAAAGAAGUUUGACAGCAACUUGACGCAAUCUACUAUAGGAAGGGAGCGUGAGCUGGUUGAUACUCUUAUGGAAGUUGCUACAGAAGAUCUUGGGUUUUCUCAAGGGAAACCCAUUGUAACAUAUGUAAUAUACAAAAGUCUUUUGCACAACAAAGCUUUUGAAGAAGAAAUAACUACUAUAUUUGAUCGUAUUAUCUACUUAAUGGGUUCUGCGAUAGAGAAAAAAGAAGACAUUAAACAUAUGGCUUAUUGGCUCUCUGUCACAUCUACAUUGCUGUUUUUAAUUCAGAGGACUUUAAGUCCAAGUCCUCCCAAACCCCCGCCGCCUACAUCGUUAUUUGGAAGGAUGACCCAAGGAUUUCGAUCAGCUUCCAUCAUAAGUAUAGUGCAGCAUGUGGAAGCCAAGUACCCAGCUGUGCUUUUUAAAAAGCAACUUGCUACUUAUGUUGAAAAACUCUAUGGAUCUAUUCGUAACAACCUGAAGAAGGAUUUGUCUCAAUUACUUUCCUCUUGUAUCCAGGCACCAAUAAUAUCUGAUGGUAAAUCUUUUCCAGCUGAAUACUGGGAUAGCAUCAUUGAACGCUUAAAUGACCUGCUGGAGACGUUAAAAGAAUGCCAGGUACCAUCAGUAAUUAUUCAAAAGAUAUUUUCCCAAGCUUUCUCUUCCAUUAAUGUGCAGCUUUUCAACAGCAUAUGCCAGUUCAAAGAGUGCUGUACAUUCCCAAACGGGGAGUAUGUGAAAGCGGGACUAGCUAAACUAGAGCUUUGGUGUUCUCAGGCCACAAUAGAGUAUGCAGACUCAUCAUCGGAUGAACUUAACCAUGUAAGGCAGGCAGUCGGAUUUCUGGUUAUAGAAGAGAAGUCAAAAUUAUCGUAUGAUGAACUCACAAUUAAACUAUGUCCUGAUCUGAGUAGUCAACAACUUCACAAACUCUGUAGUUUGUAUUUACAACACAGUGAUGACAAUCAUAGUGUUUCCCCCGAAGUUAUUUCCAAGAUUAAAGUUCUAAUGUCACAAGACUCCACUGAUUCUGAUUCUGACUCGUAUCUGCUGGAUGCCAAUUCUAGCAUGGCGUUCCCAGUUGAUGAAAUCAGUAAAUCCCUCAACGAGAAAGAUUUUUCAAGCAUUAAACCUACCAAUGAACUCCUUGAAAAGCCCGAGUUUCAGUUUUUACUGGAGUAA